GCGACAGAACCCAAACGGAAGUCGGCUGAAUUUGAUCCAAAUAUGCUGGAGGUUCGUGUUGGUCAGAUCGUCUCAGCAAAACCGCCCUUGGCGCCAACAUCUUCCGGUGGCGACGAUGGUGAACGGCUCUGUUUUCGCUCGACUCGCUCGAAAAAGCAGGCCCCAGCUGCCGCCAAUGUAAUCAUAGAUCCUUCGGAACCAGCAUGGAAAGCCUUUUUCGAGAACUUGCACAUAUCAGAGGCCAAGGAGUUGGUCUGGAAAGCAUGGACUCUGACACUGCCUUAG